AUGAGAACUGAGCUAGUCUCACCACUUCUGGCGAUGCCAUUGUUUUGGCUGUGCCUCUACAACAACCUCGUUUCGGUUUCUGGCCAAUGUCUUGAAGAUCAGAGGUCAUUGCUGCUCCAACUCAAGAACAACCUCACUUUCACCAGCAGCACCAAACUGAAGUCAUGGAAUCCAAGUAAUGAUUGCUGCAGCUGGAUAGGGAUAUCUUGUGACAAGGAGGGACACGUUACUGCUCUUGAUCUCAGUGAAGAAUCAGGCACUGGAGCUUUAGGCAAUUCAAGUAGCCUUUUCAGUCUUCAACAUCUCCAGACAUUGAAUUUGGCUUAUAAUAAUUUCACAUCUUUCAUUCCAUCUGCAUUCAAAAGGUUGGAAAUUUUGACUAGUCUGAAUCUGUCAUGUGCGGGCUUUCUGGGUCAGAUUCCAAUAGAGAUUUCUCAGAUGACAAGGUUGGUUACUCUUGAUCUCUCUUCCACUUGGUUUCUCCCUUGUGAAUGGAAUAAUGAGCUGAAGCUUGAGAACCCAAAUCUAAGAAAGCUUGUCCAAAAUCUCACAAGUAUUAGGCAACUGUAUUUGGAUGGUGUAAGUAUAUCAGCUCCAGGACAUGAAUGGUCCAGUGCUUUGAUGUCACUGCAUGACCUGCAAGAAGUUCGCAUGUCACAGUGCAAUCUCUCAGGACCCCUGGAUCCUUCCCUGGCAAGCCUUGAGAACCUAUCGGUCAUUGUUCUCGAUGAGAACGGAUUAUCAUCCGCAGUGCCAGAAACAUUUGCCGAUUUUAAAUUUCUGACAUUCUUGAGUCUUUCUAGGUGCCAGUUGACAGGAACAUUUCCGCAGAAGAUCUUCAACAUGGUAACAUUGGUAGUUGUUGACGUAUCCUGGAACCACGAUCUCCAAGGCUUUUUUCCGGACUUCCCACCAGGAUCUCUUCACACUUUAAUAGUAAGUGGCACAAAGUUCUCUGGAGCAUUUCCACGCUCUAUCGGUAACAUGAGGAACUUAUCUGAUUUGGAGUUUUCUUAUUGUGAAUUUAACGGAACAAUUCCCAAUUCACUGUCAAACCUCACUGAACUCCGUUACCUGUCCUUGUCAGAUAACAACUUCACAGGUCAAAUCCCAUCAUUUAAUAUGGCCAAAAGCCUUAUUUACUUAGACCUUUCUUAUAAUGGUUUGAGUGGUUCAAUUCCAUUUUCUCACUUUGAAGGACUCAACAAUCUUGUUACCAUUUACCUGGAUCAUAACUCGAUUAGUGGGAUCCUUCCUUCAUCCCUCUUUACACUCCCACAGCUGGAAGAUAUUAAUCUUUCCAAUAAUCAGUUUGGCCAACUAGACGAAUUUACAAACGUAUCUUCCUCUCAAUUAUACUCCCUCGAUUUACGUAGCAAUAAUCUAAAGUUCGCAUUCUGCAACUUGAAAACUUUUCCUGGUUUCUUGAGUAAUCACUCCAAUAUAGAAUUUCUCGAUCUUUCAGAUAACUAUAUCCAUGGCAUAGUACCCAACUGGAUUUGGAAACUCGAGAAUCUUUGGGUGCUGAAUAUUUCUCAUAAUAUGUUGACUCAUUUGGAAGGACCUUUGCAGAAUCUUUCUACCAGAUUCUCUUAUCUUGAUCUUCAUCAUAAUAAACUUGAGGGGCCGAUGAUACCUUCUUUUCCUGAGAAUUUGAAGUAUUUGGAUUUCUCAAGCAACAAAUUAAACUCUGUUAUCCCACGAAACAUCGGUAAUUACCUGACUUUCACAUCUUUCAUCUCCCUUUCAAACAAUGCUUUUAGUGGCAGUAUCCCUGAUUCCUUCUGCAAUGUUUCCCAUCUUGACGUGCUUGAUCUUUCCAAUAACAACAUUGAUGGAAAAAUUCCCUUGUGUUUAUUGGAAGCGAGUACUGAGAUAUUAAAUCUUAGACAGAACAGUCUCAUGGGCCCUUUACCAGAUAUCUUUUCAGCUACCUGUACUCUAGAGAUACUGGAUCUCCGUGACAAUAAAUUAGAUGGAAAGAUUCCGAAAUCUCUUUCUAAUUGCACAUGGUUAGAAAUAUUAAACCUCGGAGAAAACAAGAUUGUGAAUGUCUUUCCGUGCAUGUUAAUGAAGAUAUCCACACUCCGGGUCUUAGUCUUGCGAGAAAAUAAUUUAGAUGGUCACAUUGGAUGUCCAAACACCAAUGCCACAUGGCCCGUUCUUCAAAUACUUGAUCUAGCCAUUAACCAUUUCAGUGGCAAGCUACCUCAAACACUCUUCAAAAGGUGGGAAGCAAUGAUGUCUGCUAAAUCAAACGUAGAAAACUAG